CGCCUAGAGGGGCGGGGCUUGCGCACGCAGCGCCAAUGGGAAGCUGCCGAUUUGCAUACGGCCCGACCGGCGCGGCCGGGCUCGUUUGUCGGCGGCGGCCGCCGAUCGGUGCUGGCGGAGGUGAUCAAGGCGUUCGGGGCGCCCGAAAACGCGCAGCGCAUGGAGGAGGCUCGGGACAACGCCUGCAACGACAUGGGCAAGAUGCUGCAGUUCCUGCUGCCUGUGGCCACCCAGAUCCAGCAGGACGUGAUCAAGGCCUACGGCUUCAGCAGCGAUGGCGAAGGGGUCCUGAAGUUCGCCCGCCUGAUCAAGUCCUACGAGUCGCAGGACCCGGAGAUCGCCAGCAUGUCGGGCAAGCUCAAGGCCAUGUUCCUGCCGCCCAUGACGCUGCCGCCGCACGGGGCCGGGACUGGCGGAGUUGCCGCUUCCUGAGCCCGCGGAGCAUUCCCGCUGCUCCGGCUGGUGCCUUCCUUCCCAAGGUGCAGGUCCUGUCAGCCCUGGGAAUGGAGCACUUGAACAAGAGAGAUGCUGACCUGGAGGGAACGGGAUGCUUCGUGCCCUCUCGUGUGUCCGCUCGUGAAUAAAACGUGUGUUGAAAAUG